AAAAAUCAGUUGUUGGCUGGCUAUUAUUGCCAAUAGAAGUUAGGAAGAAGAAUCACCAACCUUACCAUUAUAACCCAAUGGCAAUAUAAUAUUUAUUUUUGUAGAUUUUGGUUAUUUAAUUAGGUAUCUUCUAUGAAAGCACUUAAGUCUUCGUUAAUGGAUACGUGGGUUAUAUUAAUAAAUAACACCAAAUUUAUGCAUCAUAUUGUUUCUAAAACGUAAGAAUGAAUACAAAUUACAAUAAAAGAAAAGCUGAUAACAAGAACUAUUAUUCUGAAAGAGGACGCCGUUCAUCUUAUCUUAGACCACAUAGGCAAAAUGUUCAUUAUUCCCAUUCCCGGUAUCAUUAUUACAACUUUGCAACGGGCUACCCCAGAGCAACGAGAGCAAAUUCAAAUCACUACGAUAAGGUAAAUAGACCGUCUGUGAGAGCGGCUUCUCCAGUGGAGGGAACUGAAGAAUUUACUAUGAAGCAAAUUCAACAAACCAGUGCCAUUAUCAUGAGACAGUUAUUAUCACCAGAAGAAUCAACUGAGAACCUUAAAAAUGAUUGUCCCCAUAAAGUGAAUGAAUCAUUGAGUAGUCCUAAAAGCCAAACCACAACAACAACCAAACGGGACAAGCAGAUUUCACUUCCGAAAACAAGUAAUUUUAAAACAAACAAGAACAACGAAAAGUUUGACAUCAAUGUCAUUCAGGAAAAAAUAAUUAACCACAUUAUGAAUUUAAACAAUGGUAAGAAAAAGAAUCUGAUAAACUCCGCAUGCAGUGGAUACGAUAAAGCCAUCUGGCAGAUACAGAAACAGAAACGGCUUGAGAUAUCGAGAGCGUUAAGGAAUAUGUGUGCAUCCCAAAACACUCAGGAAUCCACUAACUUUAUCAACUCUAUUAUGCCCGAUAUUGGGAUUCAAAUUCAAGACUUACCAAUUGAGGUUAUUGAAGAAUUAAGAAUGACUCUCAGUCUAGAUGGUGAAGGUUUAGAUAACUUCCCCUUUGUAUCUGAUAAUGCCACUAGUCCUCUCUCUAAAAGUUGUAAUGAUAACGUCGUGAUUGAUGUCAACCAGGAAUCGGAAGAAACUGAGCCUGUGGCAACUGAGGACCCAAACGAAGUUGCACCAAUUAAACUGGAAACAUUUGCGGACGACAUAGCGAGUAGGACCGAGGUUCGAAACGAACAAUGCUUAUUGCUAUGCAACGAAACUUGCGAUCAAGUGAAUAUUUCAGUAAAGGAGGAAAUUGAACCGAAUCAGAACGAAAUUUGCGACGAAGUAAAUAUUUCGAUCAAGGAAGAAGACGAAUUGAAGCAAAACGAUCAAAUGGAGAAUGAACCUUCUGAGGAAUUUAAAGUGAAUCGGAUAGAAAGAUGUUGCCAGACGGAUCGUCCGGCUCCCACGAGCGAAAGCUUUUUAAAUUUCUUUGCCGAGGAGUUUGGAGGCUGCGACACAACUAGUUUGUCGGCCGUAAUCGGCAAGAUGCAUUUUGUCGACGAAUGUGUGGGCAAGUUGAUCGAAUACAGACAGUCUCUGUUUAAACGGUUGCAGAUUGCCGACAAGAAGGCGGAAGAAACGGUGCCGCCGGAACCGCUACGGGAGAAAGGCAAGGAGAGCGAAAAAGAGCAUAGUUACGACGUCAUAAGUUUUCCCGCUUUGCAGGAAAAAGUUGUGGACAUAAAGGUGGUGGAGGAAUACAUAGUGGCCGCUACCGAGAAGGGACGAAUUUUGUAUUUCAGUUUAACGGGACCCCUGGUUCACGCCAUAUGCGUGACGAACGUUCCCUUGACCUGUAUGCUGCUGUGUCCCAGCAAACUCGAUGCGACGUACAUGUACGUCGGCUCGUUGGGCAGCGAUUUGAUAGUUUACAACUUCGACAAUCGGAAAAUCGUCAAGGCCAUAGCCAUCGCGGAUAGCGUGCAGUGCAUGGAUGCGAAGUGGGGCUACGUGUUCGUGGGAUGCUUACGGGGAACGUUACUGAGAUAUUCCUUAAAGAAAGAAAAAGUGGAGUUCGAGGAUAAGUCCAUGACCAACAUUCACGUGAUAAAGGCGGUCCAAGAAGGGCCUCGGUACGUUUUGUUGGUGGGAAAUCGCAACGCUCCCGUUUGCGUGCGCGACGCCCUCUCGGGCCUUUAUCUGCGCAAUUUUUCCAAGGACGAAAUGCCCGUCACCGUCUAUUCGUUGUUGUUAGAACGGAAUUUACUUUAUUGCGGAACCACGUGCAAAGACAUUUUAGUUUAUAAUUUCCACGAAGGGCAUUUCGUCAAAUCACUUGACGCAUCGAAAUCUAAAGGUAUAAGUUGCAUGGUUAUCCACAAAGGUCUUCUUCUUGCGGGUUGCACCAACGGGUUAAUAUACGCCUACACUACCAAAACAAAUGCAUUUGUGGCCAGUAUUCAAGGACCCGGAGGCGUCAUCUUGUGUAUGGCACUGUUUAGAAAUCAGGUUAUCGUGGGCACCAUGUCAUAUCAGUUUCAGUCUGUCGUGAUACCAGAUCAUAUUUUAUCAUUUUUGUAACGUAAAUUUGUAAGUAUAAAAAUAAAUAAAAAGUUAUAGAAAAGUAAAUGU